AUUCAAACCCCGGCUCGCCCGAGCGGUGUCAGUUCAGCCCCGGCCGCCGCCGAGCGAGGAAAUGGCCGAGGAGCCGGAGCCGCAGGGUUUGGAAAUCCCUUGUCUCCAGGUUGCUGGGAUUGACUUCUUGCUCAGUUGAAUCACUCACUCAAUGGAGACAAAGAGAACUAAUGCUUUGUGCUGAUUCAUAUUUGAAUCAAAGCGUCGGGGAGUCUGUAUAUGCCUUGUUUGUGGAAAGAACCAGUGGUACUAGCACUGAGCUUCCUAAAACUUCUGAAGAUAAGAAGUUAGAGGACUAUAUACUUUGUUUUGAACUUUUAUAAUAAAUAUUUGCUCUAGUUUUGAAGCCCAGGGCUGCUGGAGGUGUGAGUGACAAGUCUCACAAGUGGCCUUAUUCCAACUCCGGAAAUUCCCCAAGGAAACUUUGAGAUUCUUGUUUUUUAUAAAACCUAGAGUGACAGGAACCAUGCCAACCCAAUCCCUCUUAGUGUACAUGGAUGGGCCAGAAGUGAUUGGCAGUUCUCUUGGCACCCAGAUGGAGAUAGAUGAUGCCAUGUCCAUAAAAGGGACCACUGCUGUUCCUUUCAGAGCUACGCAAGAAAAAAACGUCAUCCAAAUAGAGGGAUAUAUGCCUUUGGACUGCAUGUUCUGCAGUCAGACCUUCGCGCAUUCAGAAGACCUUAACAAACAUGUCUUGACGCAACAUCGGCCUACCCUUUGUGAACCAGCAGUGCUGCGGGUCGAAGCUGAGUAUCUUAGUCCUCUUGAUAAAAGUCAAGUGCGAACAGAACCUCCAAAGGACAAGAAUGGCAAAGAAAAUGAAGAAUUUAGCUGUGAGGUAUGUGGGCAGACAUUUAGAGUCGCUUUUGAUGUUGAGAUCCACAUGAAGAAACACAAGGACUCUUUCACUUACGGGUGUAACAUGUGUGGAAGAAGAUUCAAGGAACCGUGGUUUCUAAAAAAUCACAUGCGGACACAUAAUGGCAAGUCGGGGGCCAGGAACAAACUGCAACAAGGCUUGGAGAGCCCAGCAACCAUCAACGAGGUCGUGCAGGCACACGCGGCCGAGAGCAUCUCAUCUCCUUACAAAAUCUGCAUGGUUUGUGGCUUCCUAUUUCCAAAUAAAGAAAGUCUAAUUGAGCACAGCAAGAUGCACACCAAAAAAACUGCUUCCGGCCCCAGCAGUACACAAACAGGCUCUCCACAAGAGGGAAUGCCUCCUCCGAGGGAAGAGUUCCUGCAGUUUUUAAACCUAAGACCAAAAUCUCACCCCGAAACGGUGAAGAAGCUCGUGAAAUGGAUACCUCAGCUCGACCCGUUCACCACCUACCAGGCCUGGCAGCUGGCGACCAAAGGAAAGGUCGCCGUCGGCCAAGAAGAAGUGAAGGAGUCGGGGCAAGAAGGAAGCACCGACAAUGACGAUUCGAGUUCAGAAAAAGAACUUGGAGAAAUUUGGAGCGUGACUAAAAGCCAUUCGGAAGGUUCUGGAAAGUCCAAAACAAAUAAAAGUUGUACAGGCCUCUCACAAGAUAAAGAGAAGUCCAGACACUCCAACGGCGAAGUGCCUUCUGUGGACGUGGACCCAAAGUUACCCAGUAGCAAAGAGAAGCCGACGCACUGCUCUGAGUGCGGCAAAGCUUUCAGAACCUACCACCAGCUGGUCUUGCACUCGAGGGUGCACAAGAAGGACAGACGGGCGGGUGCCGAGUCGCCCACCAUGUCUGUCGACGGAAGGCAGCCUGGGACGUGCUCUCCAGACCUAACCACCACUCUGGAUGAAAAUGGAGCCGUGGAUCGAGGGGAAGGUGGUUCUGAAGAUGGAUCUGAGGAUGGGCUUCCUGAAGGGCUCCAUCUGGAUAAAAAUGAUGAUGGAGGAAAAAUAAAGCAUCUCACAUCCUCAAGAGAGUGUAGUUACUGUGGAAAGUUUUUCCGUUCAAAUUAUUACCUCAAUAUUCAUCUCAGAACCCAUACAGGUGAAAAACCAUACAAAUGUGAAUUUUGUGACUAUGCUGCAGCCCAGAAGACAUCUCUGAGGUAUCACUUGGAGAGACAUCACAAGGAUAAACAGAUAGAUGUUGCUGCCGAAGUCAAGAACGAUGGUAAAAAUCAGGAGACUGAAGAUGCACUAUUAACCGCUGACAGUGCGCAAACCAAAAAUUUGAAAAGAUUUUUCGAUGGUGCCAAAGAUGUUAAAGGCAGUCCACCUGCAAAGCAGCUUAAGGAGAUGCCUGCUGUCUUUCAGAAUGUUCUGGGCAGCGCUGUGCUCUCACCAGCACACAAAGAUACUCAGGAUUUCAAUAAAAAUGCAGCUGAUGCCAGUGCAGACAAAGUAAACAGAAAUCCUGCCCCUGCUUAUGUGGAUGUGUUAAGAAAGAGAUCAGUAAUUGAACCUCAGGCAAAUAACCUCAUCUGUAAAACAGAAGAGGAUGUUGCUCCUCCUCUAGACGGCAGCACCGCCCAGAAUGUCGAUGUCGGCCCCAAAGAGAAGAAAGUGGAGACGGCAGCAGAUUGCAAAUACAAGCCGAGCACGGACUCUCCUGACAAACCUUUAAAUUUAUCCCUCGGGGCUCUUCCCAACUGCCCAGCAAUUUCUUUGGGUAAAAAUGUAAUCCCGAGCAGCACCUGUCCAUUUUGUACCUUCAAAACAUUUUAUCCAGAAGUUUUAAUUAUGCACCAGAGACUGGAGCAUAAAUACAAUCCGGACAUUCAUAAAAACUGUAGAAACAAGUCUUUGCUUAGAAGUAGGCGUACGGGGUGCCCGCCAGCUUUACUGGGAAAAGAUGUGCCUCCCUUGUCUGUUUUCCCUAAGCCCAAGCCCAAGGCUGCCUUCCCAGCGCAGUCCAAAUCCCUGCCCUCCGAGAAGGUGAAGCAGAGCCCCCCGGGGCCGGGCAAAGCCCCUCUGACUUCAGGGAUAGACUCUAGCACUUUAGCCCCAAGCAACCUGAAGUCGCACAGGCCACCGCAGAGCGUCGGGGGCCCAGGGGCCGCUGCCACCAGACAGCAGCAGUCCGAGACGUUUUGUAAAACCAGUGUUUCACCCGCAGCGGAUAAAACAAAAAGACCUGAGACGAAAUUAAAACCUCAGCCCGCCCUCGGCAGCAGUAACGUCAAUGGUUCCACCGACUACCCUCCUAAGAACGACAGCCCGUGGGCCCCCCAAGGAAGAGACUAUUUCUGCGGUCGGAAUGCAGGCAGCGCCGCGGCGGACUUCGGGGAGCCUCUUCCCAAGAGACUCAAGUCCAGUGCGGCUGCUCUAGACGCCGACCAGCCUGGGCCCAAUUACAGAAGAGCCUACGACCUCCCCAAAUACCAUGUUGUCAGAAGCAUCACGUCGCUGUUACCUCAGGAGUGUGUGUGCCCGUCGCCAGCGUUGCCCCCCAAACCGAGGUUCCUGAGCUCUGGUGAGGUCGACCCUCCGAAUGUGCUGGCUGUUCAGAAGCCCUACGGUGGCUCUGGACCGCUCUACACCUGCGGGCCAGCCGGGAGUCCAGCUUCCAGCUCAGCGCUAGAAGGAAAAAGGCCUGUGUCGUAUCAACACUUAUCUAGCAGCAUUCUGCAGAAGAGAAACUAUGAGAAUUUUAUUGGAAAUGCACAUUAUCGACCAAAUGACAAAAAAACUUGAUUUCUUAUUUUUAGGGAAAAAAG